AUGCUCUAUCAGCUAAGCCUGCUGCUGCUCCUGCUGUGGCUGGGCCCCCAGGCCACCCCUGGCAUGGAGGAUGCUGCCUUUCCCCACCUGGGAGAGAGCUCACAGCCCCCACCCCGGGCCUGCCCCCCACGUUGCUCCUGCCCCCGGGCAGACACUGUGGACUGUGAUGGCUUGGACCUUCGAGUAUUCCCAGACAACAUCACCAGGACAGCCCAACACCUUUCCCUGCAGAACAAUCAGCUCCAGGAGCUCCCCUAUAAUGAACUGUCACGCCUCAGCAGCCUACAGACUCUCAACCUCCACAACAACCUCAUCUCCUCUGAGGGCCUGCCUGAUGAAGCCUUUGAGUCCCUUACCCAGUUGCAGCACAUCUAUGUGGCCCACAACAAGCUUUCCGUGGCCCCCCAGUUCCUGCCCCACUCACUCCGUGUUGCCGAUCUGGCUGCCAAUCAAGUGAUGGAGAUCUUCCCCCUCACCUUUGGAGAAAAGCCUGCACUCAGGUCCGUGUACCUCCAUAACAACCAGCUGAGCAAUGCUGGCCUCCCGCCCGAUGCUUUCCACGGCUCCGAGGCUGUUGUCACCCUCAGUCUCUCCAGCAACCAGUUCAGCUACCUGCCACCCAGCCUGCCACCCUCACUGGAGAGGCUCCACCUGCAGAACAAUCUCAUCUCCAAGGUGCCCCAAGGAGCUCUGAGCCGUCAGACCCAACUCCGUGAGCUCUACCUCCAACACAACCAGCUGACAGACAAUGGCCUGGAUGCCACAACCUUCAGCAAGCUGCAUAGCCUUGAGUACCUGGACCUGUCCCACAACCAGCUGGCCACUGUACCUGCUGGCCUGCCCCGGACCCUGGCUGUCCUGCACCUGGGCCGAAACUGCAUCCGGCGGGUAGAGGCAGCUCGGCUGCGUGGGAUGAGGGGCCUGCUUUAUCUGCUGCUGCAGCACAACCAGCUGGGGAGCUCAGGGCUGCCAGCUGGGGCGCUGCGGCCACUGUGGGGCCUGCACACGCUGCACCUUUAUGGCAAUGGGCUGGAGCGUGUGCCUAUGGCGCUGCCCCGCCGCCUGCAUGCCCUGGUGCUGCCCCACAACCGCGUGGCCGUGCUGGGUGCCCGUGACCUGGCCUCCACGCCUGGCCUAGCAGAGCUCAACCUGGCCUAUAACCUCCUGACCAGUGCCCGUGUACACCGCCGGGCCUUCCGCCGGUUGCACAGCCUCCGCAGUCUCAACCUGGCUGGCAACCAGCUGACCCGGCUGCCUGCAGGCCUCCCAACUGGCCUGUGUGCCCUGCAGCUGCAGCGCAACCAGCUGCGUGCACUUGAGCCUGAGCCACUGGCCGGCCUGGAUCAGCUGCGAGAGCUCAGCCUGGCGCACAACCGGCUCCGAGUUGGUGACAUUGGGCCUGGCACUUGGCAUGAGCUACAGGCCCUCCAGGUGCUGGAUCUCAGCCACAAUGAGCUGUCCUUCGUGCCCCCGGACCUGCCUGAGGCCCUGGAAGAGUUGCACCUGGAGGGCAACCGCAUCAGCCACGUGGGACCCGAGGCCUUCCUCAGCACACCCCGCCUGUGUGCCCUCUUCCUCAGGGCCAACAGGCUUCAUAUGACAAGCAUCGCUGCCGAGGCUUUCCUGGGCCUCCCAUACCUGCGUGUAGUGGACACGGCAGGUAACCUGGGGCAAGUCCUGGUCCAGCUGCCACCCACCACCCAAAGUGGGCCACAGGCAGGAGGUUCCUGA